AUGGUUGCGGAAGGAAAUCAGCGUAAAGUAACCAUCAUCGCUAUCACCGUACCUUUCCCCCGGAGAAAUGGACUGAGUCAACACACUUCUACAAAUGCCAUCCGUGCGAAGAGAACGAUGAGCUUUGGACUUGGGAAAAACAGAGCCCGGCCGAGUAGCGUGGCAGAGCCCUGUAACGAUAUCGAUGAUGCGCGUAGCAAGAAUCGAGCAGAAUACUUUGAGGGCGCCAAGGCACAACGAUUACGCUCCGCCAUCACUGUUGCCUUCGUGUCGGCAGGAACGGGGAAAAGGGGUUUAGACCAACGUGUGAAUCAGUCUAUGUUACUUGUCAUUGCGUCGAAUCCCCCUUCCCCUCGAGAGACUAGGGCAGAGACCGCAGUUGUGACAUAUCUGCGACAAUGCACGACCAACCGGUUAGUACCAUUUACCAAUAUUUUGCACCCGAAGGGCUUCUUUAAUGUGACAGGCCGAGUCUGGCCCGGCUUGCAAUUGCGAAAUGACUUUGCGUUCGAACUGGAGUCUACGUACUAG